CGACAGCCCAGAACCAGAAUUUACUGUGGAAACAAUCAUAUAAGCACUGUCGUUGGCCAUAAUCCACGACGGCGUCGGCGCUAGUUUGUCAAAGCGCGGAACGUUCCGCUGUUAGACUUCGAUUAUGAAUUGAAUGUGGCGGCGAUGGCUUCGAAUUCGAAAUGCAGCUCAGACAUAUAGUAGACUUGUCGUAAAUUACCUAUCGUUAUCGCCAGAUACGCCAUUGCGUAGCGUGUAUAUAUUCCUUUCUUUCCCCUUGCUUCCUCUUAUUUCGAUCUCAAGCAACAACAAGCUGCCUUUCCUUUGCACAGCUUUGCUUUGUAGCAAUCAUUGAAUCGCCACAAUGGACUCCAAGCAGUUCAAGGAGGCCGCAACAUCAGCGAUUGAUGAGAUUGUCAACUACUAUGACACCCUGCCAGACCGCAAGGUCUUGUCCAGUGUUGAGCCCGGAUAUCUCAGGAAGAUCCUCCCAUCCGGUCCUCCUGAGAAAGGAGAGUCAUGGCAAGAUAUCCAGAAGGACAUCGAGGAGAAGAUCGUGCCUGGACUGACUCACUGGCAACAUCCAAACUUCAUGGCUUUCUUCCCUGCCAGCAGCUCCUUCCCAGGCAUGCUGGGUGAGCUCUACUCGGCUGCAUUCACUGCCCCGGCCUUUAACUGGAUUUGCUCCCCUGCUGUCACUGAGCUUGAGACAGUCGUCAUGGAUUGGCUUGCCAAGCUCCUCAACCUCCCAGACUGCUACCUCUCCACUGGGGAGGGUGGUGGUGUCAUCCAGGGUUCCGCCUCAGAGGCAAUUGUAACCUGCAUGGUGGCUGCCCGUGACAAGUAUCUCCGUGAGACCACAUCCCACCUCAGCGGUGAGGAGCAAGAAGAUGCCAUUGCCCACAAGCGCAGCAAGCUCGUUGCCCUUGGCAGCGAUCAGGCCCACAGCAGCACCCAGAAGGCUGCCCUCAUCUCCGGCGUCCGCUACCGCUCAGUCCCUACGACCCUCGAGAACAACUUCGCCAUGACCGGUGACGCCCUGCUGAAGACGAUCAAUGAGCUCAGAGCCAAGGGCCUCGAGCCCUUCUACCUCACCUGCAGCUUGGGAACGACCUCCACCUGCGCCGUCGAUGACUUCUGCUCCAUCGCCAAAGCCCUCAAGACCGCAGCUCCACCCGGCAUCGGCGAGAUCUGGGUUCACGUUGAUGCCGCCUAUGCUGGUUCGGCCCUCGUCUGCCCGGAGUACCACCACCUGACCUCGCACUUUGGAGAGUUCCACUCCUUCGACAUGAACAUGCACAAGUGGCUUCUGACCAACUUCGACGCCUCCUGCCUCUUCAUCCGCAAGCGCAAGGACCUCAUCGACGCCCUCAGCGUGACCCCAAGCUACCUUCGCAAUGAGCACACCGAGAGCGGCCUGGUCACCGAUUACCGCGAUUGGCAGAUCCCUCUCGGCCGCCGCUUCCGCAGCUUGAAGAUCUGGUUCGUCAUGCGCACCUAUGGUGUCGAGGGAAUGCAGGCGCACAUCCGUCGCCACGUCAAGCUGGGCGAUCUCUUCCAUGGUCUUGUUAAGAAGAGAGCCGAUUUGUUCACCGUGAUUGGCGAGCCUAGCUUUGCAUUGACGACGUUUGCUCUUACUCCCAAGGAUGGGGAGGAUCGCGAGGAGGUGAAUCGCGUGUCGAAGCAGGUCUAUGAGGCUGUUAACAAUGGCGGUGUUAUUUAUAUCACCAGCAGUGUGGUGGGUGGAAUUUACAUUCUUCGUGUGGUCAGUGCGAAUGAGCUGGCUGAGGAGAAGUAUGUUCUCAACGCCUUUGAUAUCAUUGUGCGAACCACCGAGGAGGUUCGUACCCUCAAGAUCGCGAAUGGAUCGAAUGGGGUUAACGGCGUGAAACCCGUCAAUGGGGUGAAUGGAAAGGUUCCUCAGCAGUUGGUGGAGGAGGGAGGUGCUAAGGGGCUCGGAGAGGUGACGGACGUCAAUGAGCUUGCGAAAUAAAAGCAUUAAGCGUUUCCAGGAUAAGAGAAAACGAAUUUGACGACAGCAGGAAAGAAACUCCACUUAUCAAUUUAUCACAACAAGCGUACACUACUAGACCGCAAGACACAGGUUCCAGGUUUGGCGAUACGUUAUUUUUCAGAAAGAUCCAGGAAGGUAGAUAGGGUAACCAAAAUAUCAAGC